CUGUGUUUUAACGUGUAAGAGUGUUAAAAAAAAAAUAAAAAAAAAAAUAAAAAAAAUAAAAAUAAAAAUAAAAAAACUCCAACAUCACGUCGAAGCGGCGCAGGAUGAAUAGCGGAGAUGGAGCGAUGGAUGGAAGUCCCGAUGGAUGAAGACCAGCGACGAUCAUCGUUAGGCCGUAUCGAUUACCGUGCAAUGACGGCCCAACAAACCGGUGAGGUUCCUUCCGUGUACGAUCUGCCGGCCCAUGUUCAACCAGGAUCGCGCGGCUACGUGAGUCAGCAAGGGCAGUUAACACCGAGGCCAGUGCAGCUAGGACCAUCGCCAUCGCAACCAGCGCCAUCGCAGUCAGCACCAUUGCCAUCCGUACAAAAUGGCCAGAUGGGUCAACAACCUCUGGAUAACGCCGUCCUGCACCAAACCUUGCACUUGCUGCAACAGCAAUUGCAGGAACAGCAACAGUUAAUUUCGCAAAUGUUGCAACAGCAGCAAUUCGCGCCGCAAGCCCAGCAACAACCCGCACAGCAGUACCAGCCCGCCGUCCCUAGUAACCCAGAACUUAUACUCGAUGCUUUGGCCAAUAGCAUUGCAGAGUUCCGGUAUGAAGCUGAAUCUGGUGUAACGUUCGAAGCUUGGUUCACACGCUACGAGGACCUGUUUGCCACAAACGCUUCGCGGCUAGGCGAUGAGGCUAAGGUAAGGCUUUUAGUGCGUAAGUUGGGAACACCAGAACACGCCCGUUAUAUAAGCUAUAUUUUACCCCGCUCACCACGUGAUUUAUCGUUUGAGGAAACCGUCGAUAAGCUGACAGCGCUUUUUGGGUGUAGAGAAUCUCUCCUUAGUAAGCGCUACAGAUGCCUCCAGAUUUGUAAAAAGCGCACGGAAGAUUUGAUCGCGUUCUCCUGUCGGGUAAACCGAGCAUGCGUCGAGUUCCAGUUUGCGAGCAUGAACGAAGAGACCUUCAAGUGCCUAAUGCUGGUGUGUGGGCUCAAAGAUGAGGCUGACAAUGACCUGCGAACUAGACUCCUUGCGCGCAUAGAGGAGCGGAACGACGUUACGCUUGAACAAUUAUCCGCAGAGUGUCAGCGUAUUACAAGUGUGAAAGGAGACAGCGCUAUGAUUGCCGGAGAGACGAGUGAACGUGUUUUCGCAGUACACAGCGGAGAGAAGAGAUCGCACGAGAAAGCAGCGCAGCAAACUAAUUACAAGCGGUUCACGCCGUACCGUACCAAACGACCAUUCCGUGCAAACGAUGCUGUGUGUUCAUCAACAAGCAAGCCAGCGAAGCCCUGUUGGUUGUGUGGUGACAUGCAGUGGGUGCGUGAGUGCACUUACCGUUCGCACAAGUGUCUCGACUGUGGGAGAUAUGGUCAUCGUGAGGGGCACUGCAACACAGCGAGCAGGAAGAAGCGGUUCAAUGUUCGGCAACGGAAUAUCAACACUCGUGUAGUAACGGUCAACGUCCGAAGCAUACGAGAGCGCCGCAGAUUCGUGUCCAUCGCUCUCAACGGAACAGCUGUUCGAUUGCAGCUAGACACAGCUUCGGAAUCAGUGUCAUCGACCGCCGUACGUGGAGAAAAAUUGGCAGCCCGCCGUUAACACCGUCAUCCGUCACAGCUAAAACUGCAUCGGCAGCUACACUAGUAUUGGAUGGUGAAUUCAGCUGUGCUGUUAGUGUUGGUAGCCAGACGAGGCAGGCGACACUCAGCGUAUGCGGAGCAGCAAACCUACUACUACUGGGAGCCGAUUUGAUUGAUGUUUUCUCCCUCUGGUCGGUGCCGAUGGAUGCGUUCUGCAAUCACGUUGCAGUAGCAGGACAGCAAUCGUUCCAGCAGCUAUUUUCCAAGGUGUUUACGGGAACAGGACUCUGUACAAAGGCGAGUAUAAAAUUUACCUUGCGAGAUAAUGUUCGUCCUGUUUUUAGACCUAGCCGCCCAGUAGCUUACGCGAUGGAGGAAACCGUGAGUCGUGAGCUCGACCGUCUUGAGGAGUUGAAUGUCAUCACUCCUGUAACUACUGCAGAAUGGGCCGCUCCAGUGGUCGUCGUGCGCAAAACCAACGGACUUGUUCGUAUUUGCGGCGAUUAUUCGACGGGACUUAAUGCUGCGUUAUUCCCCCACGACUACUCGUUACCUGUACCAGAGGACAUUUUUGCAAGGCUGGCAAAUUGCAAGAUACGCAUCGAGGGCUCUAUACGUACAACCGACUUCCACCUGGCAUUAAGAUAGCUCCUACAGCCUUUCAG